AUGAAUACUGCACGAUAUCGUCAUACAGCAUCCGUAUUAACAAAUAGAAAAGUGUUAGUUACUGGUGGAGAGAACGUUAGUUCUGUUUUUAAUAGUACUGAAUUGUAUGAUUCAUCAAUUGGAACUUGGACAAUCGCUAGUACUAUGAAUAAUGCACGUCGAGACCACACAGCAUCCGUUUUACUAAAUGGAAAAGUAUUAGUUACUGGUGGAUAUAAUGGUACUUUUGAUCUAGAUAGUGCUGAGUUGUAUGACCCAACAACAGGAGCUUGGACAAUAACUGGUAGUAUGAGUGAUGCAAGAUAUUCGCAUACGGCAUCCGUAUUAAAAAAUGGACAAGUAUUAGUUACUGGUGGAUAUAAUGGUAGUUCUUCUGUUGAUAGUGCUGAAUUGUAUGAUCCAACAACAGGAACCUGGACAAUAACUGGUAGUAUGAAUAAUGCUCGGUAUUACCACACAGCAUGCGUAUUAAAUAAUAGUCAAGUGUUAGUUAUUGGUGGAUAUAAUGAUAGUUUUACUCUAAAUACUGCUGAGAUUUAUGACCCAUCAACGGGAUAUUGGACAGACACGAGUAGCAUGAAUACUACACGACGUUGGCACACAGCAUCGAUAUUAGCCAACGGAGCCGUGUUAGUUGCUGGUGGAUCUAAUGGUAGUUCUUAUCUAAAUAGUGCUGAAUUUUAUGAUGCGUCAAACGAAACUUGGACAAGGACUGGUAGUAUGAUUAGUGCACAAUAUAACCGAAAAGCGUCCGUUUUAACAAAUGGAAAAGUCUUAGUUACUGGUGGACUCGGUGUUACUGAUACCACAAAUAGUGCUGAGUUGUAUGAUCCAUUAUCAGAAAGUUGGACACCGACUGAUAACAUGAAUAAUGCGCGAUUUUGGCACACUGCAUCCAUAUUAACAAAUGGAAAAGUGUUAGUUACUGGUGGAUACUUUCUUCGUGCUCUCAGUAGUUCAGAAGUGUAUUAUCCAUCUCAAACAGAUGAACAAUGA